CUGGCAACUCUGCACACACUCACCACACACACACUCGCAAACGUAUAGCGUGAAAAUAUUUUCCGGCAUCGGCAUUGCGAAAAAACUUUGUUAAUUACUUAAAAAGGAAAAAAAAGAGUCACAAAUAUGUCUAUUGGUGUCCCUAUUAAGGUUCUUCAUGAGGCUGAGGGCCAUAUAAUUACUUGUGAGACUAUAACCGGAGAAGUGUACCGCGGCAAGUUGAUCGAAGCGGAGGACAAUAUGAAUUGCCAAAUGACACAAAUUACCGUCACAUACCGGGAUGGACGCACUGCCAAUUUGGAGAAUGUGUACAUACGGGGCUCCAAGAUACGUUUUCUCAUUCUGCCUGACAUGCUGAAGAAUGCCCCUAUGUUUAAAAAGCAGACGGGCAAGGGCCUAGGUGGAACGGCGGGUCGCGGUAAAGCGGCAAUACUUAGAGCACAGGCACGCGGACGAGGCAGAGGUGGUCCCCCAGGCGGUGGGCGUGGCGGAGGCGGUCCUCCUGGUGCUCCGGGUGGCGGCGGACGAGGAGCUUGGCAAGGUGGACCCACUGGCGGACGUGGACGCGGCGGAUUGUAAACCCAACGCCAUCAACAACUGAUUAAUGGCAUUUCUAACAAUUAAGUCAAGGGAAUUCUAACUAUAUUAAAAAGGGGGGAUUAUUAUUUCAAUAUACAACCAAGAAAUUUGUCGAAAUGGAAAACCAAA